AUGAAGACAGUCAAUGACGAAAAAAUUACAAUAUACAAUGGAGAGGAUAUUAAGCACUUUAUCUUCCCAGAUAAGUUUGAUCAUACCUAAAGUGGAGUUCCAGGGAAUCCUUGUUAUAAUUUUAGAUUUCGGAUUUUUGUGUUCUUUUCUUAUGUUGUUCUUACUUAGCUAUUUCAACUGUUUUGCACUCCAUCUGAAAAAAUAAUUGGAGUUUGGGAUGUGGGACACUAAAUUACAACGCCAAUCAACAAUUUAUAUAAAGAACAUCGAUGGUACUAUAGUGAUGCUAUUUAGGUUUUCUAUUACUAUGUAAUUGCUGUCAGCCAUUAUCUUGGAUGUUGCAUAUCUAUAUAUUUCACUUUAUUGGGUUCUCUACCAAAGGAAUUUUAGAUUAUUCGCAGCCUUAAUUAUCUUUUAUGUUAUUCGAGCUAUUCACUUGAAUCUGGUGAAACUGGAAUUCCCUUAAAAUUACUAUUGGGAGGAUCCAAACAUCCCAAGUUUGGUAGUGAAGUAUGGAUUUUUUUCUGAUUUCUUUUAUUCUGUAAAUAUUGAAUCCAUAUUAAUUUAGGGACAUGUUGGAUAUUUGGUGAUUUGUGGACUCGAAAUGAAAAGAAUAGGCAAAAAGUAUAUGUCGACAUUUUUCUUUUUGUGUUCUAUGUAUUAGGCUUUUGUUGUAAUUACAUUCGCAAUACACUACACAAUUGAUGUAUUUUAAUAAUUUUAAAUUAGGUAACAACGGGAUGUAUAUUUGCUCACUAUUUUUACAAUCAAGUGUGCUAUUGGGAAGUUAAGAUAGAUUUCCUCUUGAAAAUACUAGCUAACCUCUUUGAAAGGACUUCAUAAUAACCUGCUGCCAAAUAUGAAGUUUAAGGCAAUUAAUAAAUGGGAGUGACUACUGUAUGAAAUGAGAC